CAAUGGCAGCUGACGAAGAUGCUGAUGUCUUUGAGAUUACAGAUUUCACAACAGCUUCUGAUUGGGAAAGAUUUGUGGCCCGCCUUGAGGAAAUUUUACAUGAAUGGAAGUUGGUGAACCACAGUCCUCUUCCCCCAGCCACAAGGGGUAGCCUUACCACAGGGAAAUGGCGUGAGAGGACAGAACCCAUCAGCUUUGCAGACUUUGACUUUUUAGUGACAUACAAAUAUUUGGAGCGAGACAACCUUCCAAAAUCCAGGGAAGAGUUGAGACCAAGUCCUGAUGAUGAUUCAGAGGAAAAAGAAAGCUCAGAAGAGUCUUUACCUACCGUGAUGGCAGACAUGAUGAGUUUAGAUAAUGACUUCCCAUCAAAAUCACACUGUCUUUCAAGAUGGUAUGGACUACAGGAAUUUCUGGUGAUUACACCGUCCCAGUCAGCUGUGGCCAUAGACUCAGAAAGCAGGGUUAAGAUUCUACUCAGUUCUGUCUCCAUUGCUCUAAACAAUACAGGAAGUCCUGUACCAGUGUUCAUACAAGUCCAGCAGUACAGAAGACAGAUGUUUUGUGGAGCCUGUGUGUUACCGGGCUCCUCCAUAGACUUUGAUGUCAUUCACCUUAAAACAACUCCUCCUCAGUACAACCAUCUCUCAGGACUCCUAGAUAUCUUCAAGGCUAAGAUGGCCACACAAGUGAUGCCUCGACCGACAGUAAUGGUGGCAGUAAGAUUUACUUAUAUAUUGACAGAGUGGCAUAAUGCAACAUGGCCCCAGGAACCACCAGAUUUGUCAUCUCCAAUGGAAGAUGAAGUUGGUUGUUCUGAUUUUGGGAAUCUGCCAUUUGGAGCAUGCGAAGAUCCAGUAAGUGAGAUGCAGCUUGCAUGCACUUGGCCAAGCUUGUCAGAGGACAUGAUUGUUGAAAACCAGAGUUACAGUGACCUUGACCCAAUGCAGGCACCACAAUGGGCAGUACGCAUUAUCAUGACAGAGGACCCAAAUUGUCUUCUUGGUAAAUACCUGGGUGAUUUUCUGAAAAUUGCACACAGAAAAGAUACAGUUGAGGAUUUGCUGUGGAAUGUAUUGUCUAAAGAAGAAGAUGACCAAACAGGUGAUAUUAGCCAGGCUUUACAGAAACUGACAGAACCAAAGGUGUCUAAAAUAUAUGGUAUUCCUUCCUUCAGUAAUGUUGUUCAUACUGCGAGCAGUAAACUAGCCAUUAAGCCUGGACAGGCACCAAUUGAUGGAGACACCCUCACUGAACUGUUAUAUUUUCUGUUUCCUGAUGCAAAACCAAAAUUAGAGAAAGAUGAUAAGGCUGAGAGUGAAAGUGAAAAACCGAGCAAUAAAUACUCCCACAUCACAGAGGAUUUGUCUAAGCAGUUGAAGUCUGCCCCUGAGGAAAGUCUUCUCCAUAAAUUAGUUGUUGCUUUGGUGAUGGUAAACAUGCAUCAUGGAGGAAUUCGUGGUGUGGCCCAGUUAUGGCAAGAGUUUGUCCUUGAGAUGAGGUUCCGAUGGGAGAACAAGUAUUUAAUUGAUGGAGUUGACCCAGGGUCUCCAAACUUAGGAACAUGUCUACUCUACCAAAAGUUACAGAUGUUGAAUUGUUGUAUAGAAAGAAAAAUCAAGCGAGAACAGUUGUACAAGGGCUACACAGGACAGACGCUGGAUGAUCAAAAGGACUCAGUAGGUUCUGAUGAUGGAAUGGAAUCUAGUCAUUUAUCUACCUCAGAUUCUGAAAUCUGUGCUACAUCAGAAUCGGAUCAAAGCAAACAAAGUGGACGUCGGUCAUCUGGGGAGAAGCUAAAACAAGAGUGUAGCAAGGAUAAAGAGGAUGUUCCUGCCAAAAAGCCACAUCUGGACAGUUCUAGUGAGGAGGAGUUCUUUGAAUGUGAGAAUGAAGAGGAAGAGGAGGAGGAGGAGGAGGACAGCUCAGAGAUGGAAGUGGAAACCUUAAAAGCAAAUGAAACUUCUAUACCAGUGGAAGAGGUGGUUUCCAUGGAAACAUCUGUGACAAGCUCCUCCUCCUAUGUAGAUUCUGUCACACACAAACCCGAGGGACGGCUGGCCAAGUCUAGUGAUCUCAGACUUCUAAAUAUAGACGAACCCCUGUACAUUCCUAUCACACAGGAUCCCUCCCCCAUGACUGAAGACAUGCUGGAAGAACAUGCUGAGGUCCUAGCCAGGCUAGGUACUUCAUCUGAGGGAGCCCAGCUAAGAGCAAGGAUGCAGAGUGCCUGUCUUGUAUCGGACAUGGAGUCAUUCAAAGCAGCCAAUCCGGGCUGCACCAUAGAGGACUUUGUCAGAUGGUAUUCACCAAGGGACUGGAUAGAAGAUGAGGUGUCAACAACAGAAAAUCCCAAAGGUCAUCUGAGUACGAGGAUGCAGAUUCCUGGAAACAUCUGGAGUGAAGCUUGGCAGAGUGCCAAACCCGUCCCAGCCAGGAGACAGAAGAGACUGUUUGAUGACACGAAGGAGGCUGAAAAGGUACUACAUUUUCUGUCUGCCUUGAAGCCAGCAGAUGUUGUGGUCCACUUAUUACCAGUACUGGUACAUUCAUCAGUUCUCAAGGUUAUUGACAAUGAGGACUCAGAUAUCCCAAAACUGAAAGAUAUGAUAGAACACUUGGUGUCAAAGGCUGCAAUGGUUACCAGGACUCCUCACCAAGAUGUCCGGAGAUAUGAGGAAUUAUUCAAGCUGCUAAACCUCACAGAAACUUUAAUAGCUCGAGCGACAUCCCUGAAGACAAAAUUUCCAGCCUCUUUGAUUGAGAAUUCAAGUGGAAAAGAUGAAGUGGAGAAAUUCAUCAGUGACCUCCUUCACCAUACAGAAGUCCCUAUCAAUGGGGGACCUUCAGGACCAGUGGGGGACAUGAUACACAAACUAUUUGUGGCUGCUCAGAAGGACUUGCACAUGGUGAUAGAAGAUGAGGACAGCUCCAGAGAUAUGGGACUUAACACUGUGCCAGACUUCCCCAGGCCCUCUGCUCGGGAAUAUAUACUGAGGACAGCUGCGCCUAGACCAGCACCUUAUUCUAAAUCUCUUCCACAUAAAAUGACUUGUUCUAUUAUUGAAGGACAUGAAUUCAGACUAGCAGGAGCAUUUGCUACUGAUACAAUAUUUCAGUGAUGAUACACUAGCUAUUUAUGUGAAUAACUUUAUUUAUAAACCUUAGUGUAUGCAAUAUAUAUGAUAUCAUUACAUAGUUGUAGAGUAGGUUUAGGGAAUAAGCUUCCUUUAUUUAUGAGAAGUGCUGGCCAUAAGAAUGCACUAUAAUACAUGUACUUGUUAUUGUGAAUGCAAAAAGCUUGUUUUGAACUUUAUCAACAAGGAGCAUCAUAAUUGAUUAUCUUAAUUUUCAAUCUCUCCCCCAUUUAAAGUUUCAUUUUACAUAAAAUCAACAUCUCUGAAGAUGACUUUUCACACUAGGCAUUUUAGGGUUGAUCCAUUGAGAAAGCCACCAUCAAGAGAAAAGUACUCUUAAUUAACUUGUUUCUUAUAUCGGUAAUAUAAAUAUACAUGUACAUCAGUUACUGAUAUGAAUUGUUGAAGUUAUAAAUGUUGUACUUAUCUACACAAUAAAUGUAGAUAAUAUUGUUAAA